AUGGAAACGGUGGGGAACAAAUCAGAUGAUACGGUGGUUUGCUAUGCACCCACCAUGAUAACUACAAAUGGUGUAUGGCAAGGCGAUAACCCUUUGGAUUAUUCGCUUCCUCUCUUCAUCUUGCAGAUGACCCUUGUCGUUGUCAGCACUCGCUUCUUUGAUUACAUCCUCAAACCACUACGCCAACCACGAGUGGUUUCUGAGAUUCUCGGAGGAGCGUUGUUAGGUCCAACGGCGCUAGGACGAAGCGAAAACUUUGCCAAUACAAUGUUUCCAUUGAGGAGUGUUAUGGUGCUUGAAACAAUGGCGAAUAUCGGUCUUCUUUACUACCUCUUCCUCGUCGGUGUCGAGAUGGACCUUUCGGUGAUUCGUCAAACGGGGAAGAAAGCUCUUGCCAUUGCGGUCGCAGGCAUGAUCAUGCCGUUCAUAAUCGGCAUCGGUUUCUCUUUCGUUCUCCAUAGCUCGGACCCCGAACCCCUUGCUCAUGUCACCUACGUUCUGUUCUUAGGAGUUGCUCUCUCGGUCACGGCAUUCCCAGUGCUUGCUCGAAUCCUAGCGGAGCUGAAGCUAAUUAACUCGGAAUUGGGCAGAUUGGCCUUGUCUUCAGCUCUUAUCAACGACAUGUGCGCAUGGAUUCUUUUAGCUGUAGCCAUUGCCUUGGCGGAGAACGAUCCAUCCUCCUUGGCUUCCCUUUGGGUGCUUCUUUCGAGUGCAGCUUUUGUAGUAAUUUGUAUUCUUUUCGUCAGGCCUGCAAUUUCAUGGAUGAUUCGGAGAACCCCAGAAGGAGAAUCAUUCAGUGAUUUAUACAUAUGUUUCAUUCUUACAGGGGUUAUGAUCUCAGCGUUCAUUACAGAUGCCAUUGGGACACAUUCAGUUUUCGGAGCGUUUGUGUUCGGUCUCAUCAUCCCCAACGGACCACUUGGAGUUACUCUGAUAGAAAAGCUAGAGGAUUUUGUGUCGGGACUUUUACUGCCGCUCUUCUUCGCCAUUAGCGGCCUGAAGACCGAUGUGACGUCGAUCAGAGAAGGACAGACAUGGGGGAUUAUGUUUGUUGUAAUCAUCCUUUCGUGUGCCGGUAAGAUAGGAGGAACUAUGCUUGUCACAACGUUUUACAAUAUCCCACAUAGUGAAGGGUUUAUACUUGGUUUACUAAUGAACACCAAAGGCCUCAUUGAAAUGAUUGUACUCAACGUUGGCAAAGAUCAGCAGGUCUUAGACGAUGAGGCGUUUGCAAUCAUGGUGAUUGUAGCUCUGAUUAUGACCGCCAUCAUCUCUCCCAUUGUAGCCGUGAUUUAUCGGCAGACGAGGAGGUUUGCACCGUACAAACGUCGGACGAUUCAAAUAUCAAAACCUGAAGGUGAGCUACGAGUGCUGACCUGCGUCCACACCCCUCGUCAUGUCCCAACAAUAAUCAACUUACUUGAAGCCUCUCAUCCCGCGAAAAAGUCUCCUUUAUGUGUUUACGUCCUCCAUCUUGUCGAACUCACUGGUCGUGCAUCGGCAAUGCUCAUUGUCCAUAACACUCGUCAAUCCGGCCGACCGGCUUUAAACCGAACUCAAGCUCAAUCCGAUCACAUAAUCCACGCUUUCGAAAACUUCGAGCAGAAUUUGAGUUUCAUCUCUGUUCAGCCUCUCACAGCCAUUUCCCCUUACUCCUCCAUGCAUGAAGACAUUUGUGGGCUGGCCGAGGACAAACGUGUUGCACUUAUAAUCAUCCCUUUCCACAAGCAACAAACGGUUGAUGGAGGGAUGGAAGUAACGAACCCGGCAUUCCGAACGGUUAACCAGAACUUACUGGCGAAUGCACCUUGCUCCGUCGGGAUUUUAGUCGAUAGAGGCCUGAGCACGAUAGCCCGUGUGACGGAGAACGAAGUGGCGCACCAUGUGGUGGUGCUGUUCUUUGGUGGUCCAGAUGAUCGAGAAGCACUUGCAUAUGGAUUGAGGAUGUGUGAAAAUCCAGGCGUUAGAGUCACCGUGCUGCGAUUUAUCGCCGGUGAGGAAUCACUUAGCGCUACAAUGCAGCCGCCGCCUCUAACCACCGAUCAAAUUGAUCCACCUAUGCUAACGAUAGAAACUGAUACCGCUGAUGAAAAGCAGCUCGACGACGACUACGUAAAUGAUUUCAGGAUGAAAAAUGCAAACAAUGAGAUGGUUGUAUACACUGAACAAGUAGUCAACAAUGGGGAGCAAACGGUUUCCGUCAUAAGGUCAUUAGACAUCCACCAUGACUUAUUCAUUGUUGGAAGAGGGCAAGGAAUGACAUCACCGAUCACGGCCGGACUUACCGACUGGAGCGAGUGUCCGGAGCUCGGUGUAAUCGGGGAUAUUCUAGCCUCAUCAGAUUUUGCUACGACCAUAUCGGUGCUGGUGAUCCAACAGUAUGUUGGGGUAGUUCCCCAAGAAUCCGUACCAUCACCAGAUAGCCCAGAUGGUCAACCGGAUGACGAGACUUCCAACCGGCAGACACCUACGGCACCGUCGACACCACCGAGUGGACCGCAUGCGUCUUGA